AUGCCGCAUGGUCUCCCGGAUGCCUUCUGCCAGCUUCUCGCCAAUCUUCGCCAAUCUUUGACAUCUCUGGGUCUUGCCUUCAAGCCUCCUGUCACGAUCCCUGCCGCUCUACAGCAACUCGAAAAGAUCUCUGAGCAGAUCAAUCAGCUCAUCAGCUGUGCCAUCAUGGCCAAAGGUGAACUGGGGAAAGAAUGGAAAGAAGGAAUAUUUGCCGUGGAGGGAGAACUCGAGAGGCAUAUCCAAGUGUUGGAGAGCGGAGGGGAUUACCUUCGAUCAACUGGUAUGGUUUGGGAAACUAUCGACCGGAUGACAAAGGACAUAUCGAAAGAUGAACGGUCCGCUGUCAUUAGGAGAUGGAAGAGUCACCAGAGUAUCAUCAAGGAUGCGUGGGAAGAGUUCAAAGAAACACUUGAGGGAGAUGGAGAAAACGAGGACGAUGGUUGGGAUGAGUUGGGUUUGGGCGAAGGCAGUCUGUCAGACGAGGAGAAGGCUCGCAGCACCGCCAUAAAACCCCUUCUUGCUCUCCAUCAGCUUCUACAUGCCAGCAUGCCGAGAUAUCUCCCUCAACUCCCAGAGAAUGAUCUGACUCUCCUUUUGACCCUCUCUGAAGAUCUGAUUGAUGCUUACGACGAGCUCGUCUCUGCGACACAUCCCGGGCAAGAUGAGGAAGAGAUCCGAGAGGCUUUGACUAGAUUACGUGACCUCUCCUUGAAAAUGGCCAGUGUCGUGACGGACAAAUCCAUCUACAAAUGGAAGGAAAGGUUUCAACAAGAGCAGGAGAAAUGGGAGAGUAGAAAACUGGACAUGUCCAAUUUGUCAGAGGCGUUACGGGACGCUUGA